GAACCCACAUUCCAUUCGGUACAGUGGUAGUUGUGUAGAGAAGUACUAUGAUGAAGGACGAGCAUUGAACAUAAUCAAACUGUCACAGCAGAAACUAGAAAGUAACUCACUGAGUCACUCACCACACCGAAACAAAUCGCUCCGAGUCCAAACCCUAACCCUAAUCCCAAAUCCUUCUCCACCACAUGGACGGAGACGAUGAGAUAUCAGGGCAAAUGAUCGACGAAAUCUACGCCAACGGCGGCGAAGAGACCGACCAGCGUAGUCGGAGAGCAAUCAUGAGCGGCGAUCAGCUCGAUAUCGAAGCUUACGCAGCUCUCUAUUCCGGUCGGACGAAGAUUAUGCGGUUGUUGUUCAUCGCUAAUAGUAGCAAAAACCCUACGGUACAGCUUGACGCACUUCGUAUGGCUUAUGAUGAGAUUAAGAAAGGAGAGAAUACUCAGUUGUUUCGGGAAGUUGUGCAGAAGAUUGAUGGUAGGUUGGGUCCAAAUUAUGAUAUGGAUUUGAGUUGGUGUGAAGUUGUUGAACGAAAGGCUGAGCAGAAGAAGGAGAGGCUUGAGAAUGAGCUUAAUGCUUAUAGGACAAACUUGAUUAAAGAAAGCAUAAGAAUGGGAUACAAUGAUUUUGGAGACUUUUACUAUUCUCAUGGUCAACUAGGGGAUGCUUUUAAAAGUUAUGUUCGUACUCGGGAUUAUUGCACUACAUCAAAGCAUAUAAUUCAUAUGUGUUUGAGUACAAUUCUGGUCAGCAUUGAGAUGGGUCAAUUUUCUCAUGUCUCAAGCUAUGUUAGCAAGGCAGAGCAGGGAACAGAUCCCCUUGACCCAAUAACAAUUUCCAAGCUACGAUGUGCCGCAGGAUUGGCAAAUCUAGAGACUAAAAAGUAUAAGCUUGCUGCUCGAAAGUUUCUAGAAACAGGCCCAGAACUGGGCAGUCACUAUAAUGAAGUAAUUGCAGCUCAAGAUGUUGCAACAUAUGGGGGACUUUGUGCACUUGCAACAUUUGAUAGGGCAGAGUUAAAGAGUAAAGUUAUAGACAACUCCAACUUCCGGAAUUUCUUAGAGUUAGUACCUGAAGUAAGGGAACUGAUAAAUGACUUUUACUCGAGCCACUAUGCUUCGUGUCUGGAAUACCUCGGGAACCUCAAAGCCAACCUGUUGCUUGAUAUACAUUUGCAUGACCAUGUUGAGACACUUUAUGAUCAAAUUCGUCAUAAAGCCCUUAUCCAGUAUACACACCCAUUUGUGUCUGUUGAUUUGAAUAUGAUGGCUAAUGCAUUCAAGACAACUGUUGUUGGACUUGAGAAAGAACUCGAAGCAUUGAUUACUGAUAAUCAGAUACAGGCUCGAAUUGAUUCACACAACAAAAUUUUGUAUGCACGGCAUGCAGAUCAAAGGAAUGCCACCUUUCAAAGGGUUCUAGAAACUGGAAGGGAAUUUGAUCGUGAUGUUCGUUCCAUGUUGCUGAGAUCGAAUCUUAUUAAGCAUGACUACAAUAUUAGGGCAUUAAGGAAACUUUGAUUAUAGAUCGAAGACAAUAGGACCAAGGUUGUUAUUUUACAUAUUCACGGAUAAUAGUCAAUUACAAUAUGGAGCAAGUUUGGAGAAUAUUUCCGUACCUUAUGGCGGAUAUAAUCAAGGCUGCAGCAAAUAGUAAUUUGUACAACAUUUAACGAUGUUUUAUGGUUGCUUUUUGUAUAUACUCUUUGAUAGUUUUAAUCAAUUUCUCACUAGAUCUCCAUUUCCUA